GGAGUGUCAGAUUGGGGCAAAGAGAAAUUGGAUUCUUUAAAUUGAAAUGAAAGUUAGAGCUUGUAGCUGUUGUAGUUGAUAAGAAUUGUGUUGAUCGUAGCAGUAAUUGUUGUUAAUAAUAAUGAAGUCGAUAAGAGUUAUUUCAAAUAAUAAAUAAAAUACCUAAAUUCCAGUUAGCGAAGCUAUUUUUAUAACCUAAGUUUAGUCAUCGAGUUUAUACGUUUGGUAAAUGAAGAGGUGACAAACGCUACUACACAUUUGCUAAUUUAUUUUCAAUGCUAGAAUUACAAUUAGGUACUUAAUGUAUCAAACUGUGAUUAAUUAUUGAAGUGAUAAUAAUAUGAUCAGCGUUUGUAUUAGAUAUCUUAUUUAAUCUUCUCACCUGUGAUACCAAUCAGUUGAUUAAGUUGCCAGUAACCUAUUCCAAAGAUGGAGAGCUUGAGUGAGUGGUACAGGGACCUCAUGGAUAACAGAGGUGAUCCCCGUGUGAAGGACUGGCCCAUGAUGUCUUCCCCGCUUCCGACGUUGGCCGCCUGUCUGUGCUACGCGUUUUGCGCCAAGAAACUUGGGCCAGCCCUAAUGUCCAGCCGCAAACCAUUCGAUUUGAGAAAUACCCUGGUCAUAUACAACUUUGUUCAGACCGUGUUCAGUGCUUGGAUAUUUUAUGAGUACAUGGCGAGUGGUUGGUGGGGCGAUUACAACUUCCGGUGUCAGCUUGUUGAUUAUUCGCGGAGCCCGAAGGCUAUGAGGAUGGCAAACACUUGCUGGUGGUACUACUUCAGCAAGUUUACGGAGUUCUUCGACACACUGUUCUUUGUGCUUCGCAAGAAGAACGAGCACGUGUCGACUCUACACGUCAUCCACCACGGCAUCAUGCCUAUGUCUGUAUGGUUCGGACUCAAAUUUGCACCAGGUGGCCACAGCACCUUCUUUGCGUUGCUGAACACGUUCGUGCACAUUGUGAUGUACUUCUACUACAUGGUGUCUGCCCUUGGACCGCGCUACCAGAAAUAUAUCUGGUGGAAGAAGUACCUUACCGCCUUCCAAAUGGUGCAAUUCGUGCUGAUCUUCAGCCACCAGCUCCAAGUGCUCUUCCGGCCUUCGUGCCAGUACCCUCGCGUCUUCGUCUACUGGAUCGCGAUGCACGGCUUCCUCUUCCUCUUCCUCUUCACGGACUUCUACAAAGCACGAUACAAUAAGGCCGAAAAGUCCAGACUGAACAUGGGACUCUGCAUGACGGUGCUAGAAGACAGCUCGAAGAACGGCUACAAGCAGGAGGACUCGUCGGUGCCGAACUCGUACGCGUCGUCGGCCGCGGACGCGUUCGUUCGCCGGCGGCCGGUCACGUAGUGCGCAUCUUUGUUCUAAUCCGCGAGGACUUUCUACGCCCGUACGUCGCCAUUUCAACGCACUCGCAUGCAAUAUUAUUGUGGAACUGAAAUUAUUCUUAUUCAAUUACUGUUUUCUUUUCAAUUUAGCAAAACCGCGACACUGAUUAUUAUGCGGCGCUACGGACACUUUCGGGAAUAUCCUUUAAAUAUAAUUAACAAUGAUUUGAAGAAUGCCUUUCGGAACGAGAACGUAUUUCGCGAAGGUCGACGGGCAUUUACGCAGAUCGCUUCUGCGAUUCUCUUAGGUUACUCUUUAGCUUUUUGUGUAAAUAUAAUUUUAUUGCAUUUUAACUUAUGUUACCAGAGAGUUCGAUCCAGUGUACCUAUUUACUCUUGAAUAAAAAUAUUUAUACAACUUUCGGGUAUUUUAGUCGGUUUAUUAGGAGGAAACGAACCGGCCGAAGCGCUCGCCGUUUCAGAUUAAAAUUCUAUAAAUCUUAAAGUUCGGUUGGCUCGGUCAAUCGGUGAUUUACAUACAUCUGUGUAUCGCCGUGAGGGACGUCGGGGUGAAGCGGGACAUUUGUCCCGACGUCCCCUUCGGAUGUUCAGUUUUAGUUUUAAGCGAACCGUGCAUACCCGUAGCUCGUUGUAAAUUAGUCGUUAACAGUUAAGGUGCUUGCAGAGAGACGUAGAGCGUAUUGUAUAGGAAUUUAUUCUACAACACGGAAACGGAUGUGAUCGUAUUUGGCACAGACCCCGUUUAAAUAACUUCUUUCGAGCGACAAGCCUUAUUUAUAUAUAAUAUACUUAUUUGUGCUUCACCUUCGUAAUGUUGUUGUGGGUUGAUCGUGAUAAACUGCGAGUGAAUUGAACUGGCAAAACGGUAUUUUGAAAUACGUAUUAGUAUCCGGAGCCGUGGUGUAUCGAAGUUAUCAAAAUCCAUAGACAUAGAACUGUUGUAUAGAAAAUAGAACAAAUGUAGAAUUAGAUGAAUUGCUGUUUCUGUACAAUUAAAUGAAAAAUACUCGAAAUUGUGAACAACUUGUUUUCAAACAGUCGUAAUGCGACAAAAAAGCGCGAAGAUUUUUGGCAUUUGACAUGUUUUUCUUACGCCGCCAUCUUGAAUACGCAUAUGACAAGUCAUUCUGUGUAAUACUGAAAUUCAAUGAUUUCUUUCAAUUUGUUGAUAUCAAAUGCAAAAAAAAUCUCAAAAAAUGCUGUUUAUAUAAUCAUAUAAUCGGUUGAUGGGAUCCUCAUUAUAAAAACAUGUUUUUUUCAGUGGCAUUUUGGCCACUGGCAGCUAAAAAUCUUUUUUAAAUUAAUUGCCAAAGUCAUGAUCAAGUUUUAGUUAGUUAAAUCUAUCGACUGCGCUGGAAAUUUCCAAUUGGAUCGAUAUGGAAACGAUGUUUUGUAUAUUUUUAAAGUUUUAGGUUUUAGGGUAGUGAAUCGAUGCGGGUGUGCACGGCAAUGGUGAGCGAACUUCGAGGACACUGACAUAGCUCGCGACGAAAACUCGUUUUAAAAUGAUUCCUAUUUAAAUUGAUUACAACUAGAUCCGUGUUGAGAACGUGUAUGGCUAAGAAACAAAUUUUUUAUGAUUAAUUUUCUGGCAUUUUAUUCGGCAUUAUUCUCAAUAAUUUAACGACUGUCAGUGGCGUCGAAGGGUUAUUUCGUGGCACAUUCUUGUAUUACCGCUUUAAGUGUUGUCGCGUGGAGGCUUGGGGAUGCGCCGGCGCCGGUCACAGUGCUCAAACAUUCUGCAAACUCACUAUGGCAAUUUAUUUAUUAUUUUAAUAAAGUAUUUUCCAAUUU